AUGGCGACUGAAAGCCUUACUAGGGUUUUAGAAGGGACUGACAAUUGGCUGUCCCAUAAGCAGUCUACCAGGUAUGAACCAGCACCUGCUAACACAGCCAUUGAAGAUCUUAGUUUGUUCCUAAAAGGUGACAGGAUUCAAGGCCUUGGGAAGGAAAUGAUACCACACCGGAGUGAGAGUGCACCCCCAAGCAUGGAGGGUUCUAUAGUAGCACUUGAGAAUAUCUUUUCUUGGCGGACAUCCGCUUUGAAUCCUGGCCUGGUACAUUCAAGCGUCUCUGCUGACAUCUCUGAGACUGAAGUGAAAUAUUUUGCUGAGUCCGCUUCUUUUUCGAAGUAUAGUUCUGAUGUCAAAUUGGACCCAAAGUUCGGACAGCAUAUUAACUUGUGGGAAAGAAGUCGUCUCUCUCACCAUAGUAAUAGUACCAGCCGUGAUUGGAAGAUUUCUUCAAAUGAUGGUUCAAUGCUAUUGCCUAUGGGUAACCUUCCUGCUCAUGAGGAAGAACCUGAGGAUGACAGAUCAUCUGAACUGAGUGGAUCUCUGUCUGUAGAGAAAGCUGUUUUAUUGGGUCACCAUGAGGAUACAUUUGACUUGACACAGGAAGAUCCCCUCCAGACAUCUUUACCCUCAUACAGUCAGUAUUGCUCCCCGAGCCAUAAAUCAAUGGAAAAAGAAGUUGAGUUAGAAGCUGAUUUCAGUGCAUCAACUUCUGCUGCAAGUGCUCCCAGUGCAGAUGAUACGAGGCAAGUCUCACAAUGCAAUCCUCUUACUGCCCCUGUUUCAAGCCCGCCACUUAUUGAUGGUACAAGGGGUACACUUAUUAGGCCGUCUCUACUCAAAACACACUUAAAUACUGUAAAUCUUGAUUCAAAAGAUAAUUUAUUGACUACUGGGGUAAGUGAUUUGGAUGUUGCCCAUAUUAAAUCUGGCAUUGAGGGUGUUAACUUAUCUAGUGCUUCAAAUUCUGAUUACAACAAAAUCCAACACAACGUGCAAGUCUUCUCCUAUAACAAUAUGCUGCAGCAGCAAACAUUUUCACAACAAGGCAAUGCUUCUCGAGUUCAGGGCUCUCAGUCUCAGAUCAGUUAUCCAGGAUUAAUUCGUGCAUAUAGCUCAAACCAUUUUCACUAUGGUUCCUCUAGCAUUUCUACGGCAGAGGUACAGCCAAUACUCCAGUCAUCUGGAUUCACUCCUCCACUCUAUGCCUCGGCAGCUGCUUUUAUGACCACACCAAAUCAAUUUUAUCCUAGUCUUCAGCCAGGUGGCUACUUCACUUCACAACAUGGUGUGGGUGGAUACACUUUCCACCCUGCUGUUCUUCCCUCAUUUCUGGCUAGAUCUGCCCCUCAUGGUGCUGUUCCCCUGCCUAUUGAAAAUACUACUGUCUUUCCCGCUUCUGGCGUCCCAGAGGGAGGAAGUGUACAUGGAUAUGACAUGCGACAUCCAGAGAAGUUCUAUGGACAAGUUGGAUUUUCCAUGCAACCUCCUCUAUCCGAUCCUUUUCAUAUGCAAUACAUUCGACAACCUGUGCGAGAUUCCUAUGGUUUGUAUGGUCAAUUUGGUCAUCCAACGCCAAGAGAUGGUGCAAUUGUGAGUCAAGUGAAUGCUUGUGACCCUAAAAGUGGCCCAGAGAUUAUUGCUUAUCCAACCAAUCAGAGAUUCCUGAAUCCAUCAGGUGCAGACUUUAACAGUUUGAAUCCAAGAAGAGGGAGCACACCAAGUUAUUUUUCUUUGGGAAGCCCAAUAAAUGUUGGCCCUUUGAUGCAAUUUCCUACCUCACCUGUCAUUAGUCCAGUUUUGUCAGGAACACCUGUAGGAGGAAACACUUUUUCCAGAGGGAGAAAUAACACGAGUCUUUCUCAGGCUUCCUGUGGAAACGCAGGCAAUUCUUUUGGACUUCAAAGUCCAAGUGGUGAAGAUACCAAUUCAUUUUCUUUUCUUGAAGAGUUGAAAUCGGGUAAAGGUCAAAGAUACAAGUUGUCUGAUAUAGCAGGACAUAUUGCUGAAGUUAGUGUUGAUCAACAUGGAAGUAGAUUCAUUCAGCAGAAGCUGGAAAAUUGUAGUGCCGAAGAGAAGGAGUCUUUGUUCAAGGAAGUUGUCCCCCUUGCUUCCAAACUAAUGACUGAUGUUUUCGGCAACUAUGUGAUUCAGAAGCUAUUUGAAUAUGGUACCCCAAAACAACAAAAAGACCUUGCAAAUCAAUUAACAGAUCAAAUUUUGCCUUUAAGUUUGCAGAUGUAUGGCUGUCGUGUAAUCCAAAAGGCUCUUGAAGUUAUCGAGUUAGAGCAAAAGGCAAAGCUUGUCAGAGAGCUGGAUGGACAUGUGAUGAGAUGUGUUCGUGAUCAAAAUGGGAAUCAUGUAAUACAGAAGUGCAUAGAGAGCAUUCCAGCUUCUGAUAUUGGUUUUAUAAUUUCUUCGUUCCGCGGUCAAGUUGCAACACUUUCAAUGCAUCCUUAUGGUUGCCGUGUCAUACAGAGGGUCCUCGAGCAUUGUAAUGAUCAGUUGCAGACACAGUUUAUAGUGGAUGAGAUUUUGGAGUCAGUUUGCGCUCUUAUUCAGGACCAGUAUGGCAACUAUGUCACCCAGCAUGUACUAGAGAGGGGAAAGCCUCAUGAAAGAAGCCAAAUUAUUAGCAAAAUAACUGGAUCUAUAGUACAACUGAGCCAGCAUAAAUUUGCAUCAAAUGUUGUCGAAAAAUGUCUGGAGUGUGGUGAUUCAACUGCAAGGGAGAUGCUGAUAAAGGAGAUUAUUGGGCAUGGUGAUAAAAACGAUAAUUUAUUGAUAAUGAUGAAAGACCAAUAUGCAAAUUAUGUCAUCCAGAAGAUUCUUCAAAAAUGUACCAAUGAUCAGAGGGAAGUGUUACACGGUUUAAUAAGAAAUCAUCUUACUGCUUUAAAGAAGUAUACAUAUGGAAAACACAUUGUUGCUCGAUUUGAGCAUCUGUGCGGAGAAGAAAUUCAAACAUCAGAAUCCUAA